ACCCGUAUUUCCGGUCUGGUUGUAGUUCCGUCUCAUAACAGCAGCCGUCAGACUCCCGUUAGCUUGUGUUACCUCUGUCAGUUCAUCUUUAACCUCCAAAAUAAUCUUUCUGAGUCUGUCUUAGUCUGAGUCUGUUCAAACUGAAAUGAGUCCACUCACUGUCCGGGACCUGCUAUCUGCAAGCCUCCGUUAGCCUUGUCUUCGGAGCCUGCCAACGGUGCUAACGGUGCUAAUAGUGCUAAUAGUGCUAACAUUGCUAACAUCUAGCUGUGCCGUUUCAAAGUCUGUUUGUUUGUUUGUUUGUUGUGAUGAGAACACCGAGCACGAGACAUUAGGAUGGACACACACCUACGGAGUCGCUAACGGUCUCAGGUCCCGGUGAAGUUCAGUCCAUCGUCAGACCGAUCAGAGUGAAUCAGCUGUGGACGGUUCAAAGUCUGUAGAGACCUUCAUCCUCUGAUCUGAGGUCAGAGUUUGACCCUGACUCUGAGGACGCCUGAGCCAUGCUGACCUAGAAUCAGCCUGGAGCUCUAAGUUUAUGCAGUGUGACCAGAGUUGUCCAGAUCCAGAGAUCAUGUCUGAGAACCAGGCCAACAACAUCAACAACGUCCCUGUGAACAACAACAACAUGGGACCCAACAGGAUCCGAAACGCCAACAUGAACCAGAACCCCCUUAUCAAUGUCCGAGACCGCCUCUUCCACGCUUUGUUCUUCAAGAUGGCCGUCACGUACGCCCGACUCUUCCCUCCGUCCUUCAGGAGAGUCUUCGAGUUCUUCGUCCUGCUCAAAGCGCUCUUCGUCCUCUUCAUCCUCGCCUACAUCCACAUCGCCUUUUCUCGCUCGCCCAUCAACUGUCUGGAGGUGGUAAGAGAGCGCUGGCCUCGUGAUGGCAUCCUGCGGGUGGAGAUCCAGAGGAACUCCAGCCGAGCCCCUGUCUUCCUGCAGUACUACGACUCCACGGGCCUCCAGGAGGAGUUAGACACUGAGGAUGGAGGAGGAGGAGGAGUGGGGCUCAGUCUUGCAGCGCUGCAGGAGGAAGAGGAGGAGGAAGAGGAGAUGAUUCUGGAUAUGUUUGACAACAGCUCAGUGCAGUUUGAGCUGGACAUCGAGCCUCGUCUGAAGCCCUCUCUGGUUGGAGGAGGAGGAGCAGCGGCAGCAGCAGGAGCAGCAGCAGAAGGAGGAGGAGGAGGAGGAAGAGGAGUGAACAACAGCCAGGACGUCUCCUUCAGCCAGACCACUAAAGGUAUGCAGCCACUGAGGGACUCAGUGUCUGAGCUGGAGAUGAUGACCAGAGCAGUGUGGCCUCAGGAGGAGUACAUUGUGGAGUAUUCUCUGGAGUACGGCUUUCUGCGUCUGUCUCAGAGCACCAGGCAGAGACUCAACAUCCCCGUCAUGGUCGUCACUCUGGAUCCCAUGAAGGACGAGUGUUUUGGUGACGGAUUCAGUCGUUUUCUGCUUGAUGAGUUUUUGGGUUACGACGACAUCCUGAUGUCCAGUGUGAAGGCGCUCGCUGAGAAUGAGGAGAACAAAGGCUUCCUGAGGAAUGUGGUGUCUGGAGAACAUUACCGCUUUGUCAGCAUGUGGAUGGCAAGAACCUCCUACCUGGCCGCCUUCGUCAUCAUGGUCAUAUUCACUCUCUCCGUGUCCAUGCUGCUCAGAUACUCUCACCACCAAAUCUUCGUCUUCAUCGUGGAUCUGCUUCAGAUGUUGGAGAUGAACAUGACAAUUGCCUUCCCAGCAGCCCCUCUGCUCACUGUCAUCCUGGCCCUCGUUGGUAUGGAGGCCAUCAUGUCGGAGUUCUUCAACGACACGACCACGGCCUUCUACAUCAUCCUCAUCGUCUGGCUGGCUGAUCAGUAUGACGCCAUCUGCUGCCACACAAACACCAGCAAACGCCACUGGUUGAGGUUCUUCUAUCUGUACCACUUCGCCUUCUAUGCCUAUCACUACCGCUUCAACGGGCAGUACAGCAGCCUGGCCCUGGUCACCUCCUGGCUCUUCAUCCAGCACUCUAUGAUCUACUUCUUCCACCACUAUGAGCUUCCUGCCAUCCUGCAGCAGAUCAGGAUCCAGGAGAUGCUACUGCAGAACCAGCAGGCAGGUCAGGCCAACCAGACAGCACUGCAGGACAACCUGAACAACAACAACGGUGCUGCGGCUGCUGCGGCUGCGGCUACUGCUGCUGCUGCAGGACCAGGACCAGGACCAGGACCAGGACCAGGACCUGCCAACACCAUCCAGCCAGGACCCAACAACACCACCCAGCCUCAGACUGACCCCCAGUCCUCCUCUUCUUCCUCUCCACCAGCAGCAGCAGGAGGUGGAGGAGAGGUGAGGUCAGAGCUGAACUGGGUAGCUCAGACGGCUGCCAUCAUCACUGAAGCUCUGUCCUCCUCUGCCCAGCACCCCUCUGUUGACUCCAUCGAGCACCACCCUGUCAGCGGAGGAGGUGCGACAGGAGGUCAGGGGUCAGCAGGAGCGGGAGAGAUCAGCAUGGUGGCAGAGUUCAGAAUGGGAGGAGGAGGAGGAGGAGGAGGAGGAGGAGGAGGUGGUGGUGAAGAUCCAAAUGUCGUUACAGUAGAAAUUAAAACCACAGCAGGAGGUGCCGACCCUCCACCCAGCCAUCCAAUCAGAGGGCUGCAGGCGGAGGCAGGGCCCUUGGAGGUGGGGCCCUUGGAGGCAGGGCCCUCGGCUGCAGCGUCCCCACACACAGACUGCCCCCCCUCACAGAGUCCAGGUACAGACUGGGACUGCGGACCACCACAGCAGCAGCAGACCUCCUCACUGACCCUUUCCUGAGAGUCCAGGUGUAGUCCUGCUGACAUCAUCUCACCUGUCUGACACUGUGCCUCAGUCUGUCAGCUAAUCAGGGUGAUUCAUAAGCGAUUAAUUAGUGAUCAGCUGAUCACGGAGGGGUUUUCCUAUUGAUUCACAUCUGACCUCAGAUCAGGAACCAAACCUCCAGCUGCAGUCUGAACCAGUCAAAACUACAUUUUUAUUUUUAAAUUUAAACAGAUAUCUGAUUAAUUCAUUAGUUCAGUGUUUUCCAACCUGAGGGUCGGGGCCCUGCAAGCAGUCACAAGAUUAUAGAUGAUAGAGUGUUGAUUAACUAGUCAACUAAUCAACUAGUUGAUUCAUCAACUAAUUGUUGCAGCUCUACAGCAGACCACAAAGUUCAGUUCAUCACCGCCAGUCCUCAGGUUUCCCGUCUGUCAGUCUGAUUAGACUACGGCUGCAACUAACGAUUAUUUUAGUCAUCACUUUAUCUUAUUCUUACCUAAUUAAUCUAUAAAAUGUUCAUCUAAAUUUCUCACGGUCCAAUGAGGUGUCUUUGCGUUUUUGUUUUGUCCCAAACUCAGUUUGUAAAUCUACUGUCACACGAGGCAAAUAAAACGCAGAAAAUUCUCACAUCUUAGAAAAUGGCACUCUGUGAUAUUUGGUAUUUUUGCUUGAAAAAUUACUUUAAUAAUUAGUCUAUUUAAAUUGUUGACAUUUAACUUUCUGUCGAUCAAAUAAUUGAUUAAUAGGCCAAUUGCUUCAGCUGUACAUAAAACGUAUUUUUUUUUAGGGACACGCGAGCACAAUAUAAACUAAAAUAAUAAAGCUCUUCAGACUAGACUCACAGGCCGACAGGAUUCAGUAACAAUGCAGGACGACAGCGUGGCAGAUUCCUAUAAACAUCUAUGAAUCAGGUGAUUUUCGUUGAACCUGCAGAGGUUGGUAAUCUGAUUUAAAAACUGUUACUGUUUUCUCUCCAUGCUUCACCUGAAAACCUCCUUUUAAAUAUAACUCCACUGAUAUCCUGUAUUUAAUCCCAUGUUCAGAUUUAUACCAACGCUGACUUUCUCUGAUAUCUCUGAUUCGUCUGAGCUAUAGAGCUGUUUCCAGAAACUAUUUAAACACAUCAGUGAGAGACACACACUGUAGUUUAUGCUGACUCAAUCCCCCACACACAACGUCCCGCUGCCCCAAAUACUCACUACAGCAGCAGAUGUGGAUUAAUCUGCCGCUGAAAACAUUCCCCAUCAAAUGCACUGUUUCUUCCUGUUUGAUAGAAACUACAACCAGCAGCUGUUUAAGGAAAAUUACUGAGGCUGUUUUAAAAUGAAACUAAAUUUCUGUGAAUGGUUUCUUAAAAAUUUACGUCUUCAAUAGGAGCCAAUGGGCUCGGAGCUGAGAGCCACAGACAGAGGAGUGAAGUCAGUGUUAAGAGACAGACUAACACAUUUUUGGGAUUCAUUGAUUUAAUAAGAAGAAUAUAGAUAAACUAGAUUGAACCUCUAAACUGAGCUGAAAUCUUUAAAAUCGGCUGACCGCUGAAAUGGCUUGAAACACGUCGAGGGAAAAUCUGCACAAAGUGAAGAAGCUUCACUGAUUCCCCGAAAAAGAUCAAAUCUAAUUUUUGUUGACCCUGAUGAUCAGUUAUUGAUCAGUGAUUCUGUGUUAAUCAGCCCUGAUUCUGACAGAUUGAAACACAAACUCUGAACUGUGUUGAUUUUUUUUUUUUUUUUUUUUUCCUUUUUUUUUCCCCACCUGCUUUUAUUUUGAAGAAAAGACUCUUUUAGAAACAGGAAGUUUGUUUUGGAAUGUCUUGGCGAAUCAGGACUUCCUGUCAGAAUGGAUGCCUUAUCAAUAAUCCUCAGACUGUCUGUGGACGCUUCAGAGACAUCAGCAGCGGCGCAAGCUGAUUGGUUGUGCAAUAUGACGCCAGCUGUGUCACACCUCAGGCCCCAACUCCUGGUAGGGGGUGGGGGGGCUUGACCUGUGUCCCCAGAAUGCAUCACGGGGACCAAGUCCCCUAAACGCAUCACAGUAACAGGCCACGUCGUCUGUGAUGCGUUCAGGCGAUUGAAGGCAAAAAAACUGCUCGUGCAGUUAAAAUGAGAUGUCCACUGGUGCGUUCAGGUGCUCGUCAGCUUCAUUGUCGAAGCUGUAGACCUCAGGUCUGUUCCCUACUGAUAAACUGUCCUGUGAUUGGUUAUUUCACGUCAUAUCAUACACUAAACAAAAAAAACCUAAAAAUCUACUGAACAGACCAACACGUAACAUGUUGCUACAUUUUUGGUUGGCUCUGUUAGUGUUUCUAAUAUCUGCAGCCAGGCGUUAGCGUCACGGUCAUAAGAUGUCAAAAGGCACAAAGCAUGUGACACGAAAUUAAACAUCAUCUUCAAACUAAAAUAUAAACCAAAAAAUAAAUGCUCCUAAAUACAACAAAAACAAAUACAAUGUCAUUCAUCUCUAACCUGAUGUCUUACUGGGUGACUUCAUAUUUAAUGGAAACCAGUACGACAGUGACAAUAUGUCCCAGUGCUUGUGAAUCUUCAAGAUGAUGUUGCGUGGAGCCGGUAUACUUUACCUGUCAGUCUAGUUUAAAAAUGAAGCGAUCCAGCCAAAAAUAAAAUCCCCGUCUGCCAUUUUCGACAGGUUCGAAACCUAAUUUCAUUUAUCGUUGGCUCUGUCUGUGUUUCUCAUAUCUGCAGCCAGAAUGAGAAUUGGGAUUUUCCAGACCAAUAUUGUGAAAUUCAUUGCAUUGAGUUUCUAUAAAUUAAACUACAGCCCUGUAUAUGUUGAGUACAUAAUAUUAAACAAGAUAUGAUCAUCUAAAUAUAAACUUAUCUUGUUUCUGCAUGAAUGCAUAGGACUGAUGGACAUGGACUUUUAUAGCCCUUCUUGCCAACGUUGGUCUUUUUGAAAAGCAAGACAAUAGUCAAGUCUGUAUUUAGUGAACAUCAAAGUUAUUUCCGGCGUGGAGCGGUGUCUCUCCCUCGACAAAACCAUCUUUGACUAUAUUGUACGGACACAGCGAACACGUUGACCAGAGGACAGCCAACUCACAGAAUUACUGUUCAUUCAUUUACAGCUCAGCGUAUUUGUUGGUGACAGUUUCCGGGUAUUAAGACUCCGUUCAUUAUGUAUCCAAAGUCCCAGUCGUUACAGGGGGAGGUGUCCAGUCACUGACCAGGACGGGUGAUGUUUAAACCACCCCCCCUUCCUUACAGACAGAAAUGCAGUCCACGCGGGGGUAAAGUCAGACUUUGUUAAUCCUACUACAGAGUUUAAAUCCCGGAACCCAAACCGGAUCUCCAGGUUAACCUGAUCCAGUCUGGGACCAGUCACAUGAUCUAUGAGUUAUUGAUCCCGGAUCAGUCAGUGACACCUGAUCACAGAUGAAUCAUCUAAACGCACCGAUAACCAGGUGAUCUGCAGUGAACUGUGGACGGAGGGACAGACCGCCGCCUCAUCAAACCACUCGUGGUUUUUUUUUUGUUUGUUUGUUUUUUGGGGGGUUUUUUCUUUUCUUUUCUUUUUUUUUUUUAGUGUUGUGAUGGAGGCGGAGCCUGAAGUGUGACUCAGCAUCAGAGACAGACACUGAUGGACUUUGGGGGUACUGGGGGGAUUUUUGUGGGAGUUUUUCUUCUUUGUGCCUCUCUGCUGGAUGGCUGUAGCCUCAUUAGUUGAUCUGAAGCCUGAAACUCAUCAAAGUGUAUUUAACUGUCCAGUAAAGCCAGUAAAACCAGUGCACAACAAAAGCUGUUUGCACACAAAAUGUCUGAAUGUCUGAAUUAUUUCUGAUUGUCCUCAAACAGGGUGUUUGACUUUUCCUCCUGAGCUCAGAUAAAACAGAUGAGUGAAACUGAAUUUUAUCUCGUCAGUAAAGACGAUAACAACUGAAGACGAAUAGAAGCAGAAACAGCUAAAGGGAAAAGUCAAAUCUGACGAGUUAUUAGUGAGUCAAUUAUUGUAACUGAAAAUUAAAUUGAAUCUACAGUGAACAUUACAGAUAUUGAGCAGGUCUUGAAAAAAUAAGAAUAAACGGAACAAGUGUAAAACCAGAGCCGGAUUAAGAAUUUAACCCC